AUGGUUGGCGGCUACGACAUCACCAAGUUCUACCCGAUACACAUUCACGCACUAGGGCAAACACCAGAGAUGGGUAUUAAACACCUGUACCAGCUCAUUGAGGAGCAUGCGCCCGAGGCAGUCAAGAAGGGCGAGAUCAAGAACCAGUUUGGACGCAAAGUUGCCAUAGUUCGUUCGCAGCAUUCUCGGAGUAACAGAUCUAUGAGCAUCUACAGUUUCCUCAUCGCUGUCCGAUCUGAUGGUCAGCAGCUCAUGAGCGAGACAGGCGAAACCACAUCACAUCUCAUGGGUCUCUUCUACCGCACGAUGCGCAUGGUCGACAACGGUAUCAAGCCCCUCUACGUCUUCGACGGCGCUCCACCCAAGCUCAAGUCCGGCGAGCUCGCGAAGCGGUUUCAGCGCAAGACAGAGGCACACGCUGCGGCUGAGGAGGCAAAAGAGACGGGUACAGCCGAAGACGUCGAGAAGUUCUCGCGGCGGACCGUCAGGGUGACGAGGGAACACAACGAGGAGUGUCAGCGCCUGCUCAAGCUCAUGGGCAUCCCGUACAUUGUUGCGCCGACCGAAGCUGAAGCCCAAUGCGCGACAUUGGCGAGAGGCGGUAAGGUCUAUGCCGCCGCUUCAGAGGAUAUGGACACCUUGACCUUCGAUUCACCCAUCCUGCUGCGACAUCUGACCUUCAGCGAGCAACGCAAAGAACCCAUUCUGGAGAUUCAUCUGGACAAGGUACUCGAAGGCUUGAACAUGGAGCGGAAACAGUUCAUCGACCUCUGUAUCCUCCUCGGCUGUGAUUAUCUCGACCCUAUCAAAGGCAUUGGCCCCAGCACCGCUCUCAAGCUCAUCCGUGAGCAUAAUGACUUGGAAGGUGUCGUUGAACACAUCAAGUCCCAAUCCUCCAAGAAGCUCACUAUCCCCGACGACUGGCCCUUCGCCGAUGCGCGCCUGCUCUUCCUUGAACCAGACGUCCGACCUGCCGAUGACCCAGAAUGCGACUUCAAGUGGGAAGCCCCAGACGUAGAAGGUCUUGUUAAGUUCCUGGUCGAGGAGAAGCAUUUCAACGAGGACAGGGUGCGCAAUGGAGCAGCUAAGCUACAGAAGAACAUGAAGACAGCGCAACAGAGCAGGUUGGAGGGUUUCUUUAAGCCCAUUGAGAAGACGGCCGAGGAAAAGGCCAGUCUGAAACGCAAGGCUGAGGAGAAGCUUGAAGAGAAGAAAAAGAAGCAAAAGGCUGACGCGAAGGCGAAGAAGCAGGCCAAGGCUAAGCCGAGGACAGCUGGCUAA